AUGAGUUCCAUAGGCAAAGUCCGCUUGUGUUCUCAAAGGAACUGCGAGAGAACCCUUCCAGCGAUAUCUAAGACCAAUAUAUGCAAUUAUUGUACCACGAAGCUGCGGUCGCGGAGGUCUUUUUCUGCCCCGCAAAGCGCGUCAAACGGGAGAUUUGGCAUCUUUACGCCCUCGGGCGAGCUUUCUGAGCACGUCUCGUCUUUUUCUGGCUCCAGCUUGGCUCUCCCCGCUGGCCCCGGACAUGUCCCAUCUUCUAUCGUUCCAUCUCAACAACAUCAUGGGUUUUCGACUAUAGUUCCCCCUCAAUCUACGCGUCUCGUACGCGUUCUGGCCUCCACUUCCGGGAUUCCUAUGCUAGAACACUUCAACUCUCGUGGAGAACUAAUUCAAUCAGUACCCAGGCUUCGGCUGCAAGGAAAUCAACACGUCGUACCAGGCGAUUCAACUGGAACCAGCCCACGCAUCUGUUAUAAAUGCACAUCCUCUAUGCCGCGACAUUACAUCGGGAAAGUCUGUCCGAGCUGCUGGGCCGAGAACGCAUGCCCUUCGGAACAGGGAGUACAGAUGCCCAACAAGGAGCACCCUGCUCCGAUCUCGUUCCCGUUCGUUCAAAUGUCGCAGCCAAAGGAUGCUGUUGAAGUGACAAGCCCAAAAAGUACGGACAACGACACCCUUUCUGUUAUUUCACACCAACCCCCAGUAGUCAAUAACGGGGACACUCAUGGAGAUGUUGAAAUGAAAACAGCUGAAUUGACUCAUCCGGAGGUCGAAGGCGUGGACCCAUCUGUUCAGUCCGGGCGGGCAACGGCGGAGACAUCCAGUCCCAAAGAGUCUUCCCAGAUUGAACCGCCGAAUAAACGUCAGAAAUUAGCUCAUGUCAUCGUACCCACAAUAGCAAUACCGCCUGCACCGCCUAUGCAGCCUACGCCACUUGUUCAGCCCACAUCAUUAGUUCAGUCCCCGCCGCCAGAUCCAUCUACGCCCAGUGAGGAAGUACCGAAGACUGCACCAGAUACUCUGAAGCCAAAGAAGAAUGUCGCUUCAAAACCUCCUCGUGCGCUUAAGCUAUGUUCAAGCCCCGACUGCACAGGAAUUGUUUUCUUCGAUUCCUCGGCCACGAGGUGCUUGCAGUGUGUCAAGCGCGAUUGGAAAUCAAUGAAGGCGAAACGCCUUCCAGAGGCAAGCCAACAGAAUGGGGAACAUGUGACUUCCGCCUUCGCCGCCGCCACCACCACCACCACCACCACCUCAGAAGCACCAGGAGAAAAGCAGAGAAACAAGAAGAAAUCUGUGACAUGGGCAGACCGACUGACACCGACGUCUGCAAUAUCUGAAGAAUCUGGGCUCCCAGACGUAUCCAGAGCAAAGGCACUGAUCAUCAAGAUCCCCCGUCUCAAAGAUAUCAAAAAUGACGACCUUCCCCUGAAUAUCGCGAACCCUGAUUGCAAAACUGUGGCAGAGGGUAUCCCGUCCUUCAUCCAGGGUUCGUCGAAAGACGGAGCGCCUGCUGUGCCAGCAGAGUCGAAACAAGAUUCUCCGGAACUAGAUACGAAAGAGGAGGUCCCUUUGGCCCGACCGCCCACGUCUCCUACCGACAAGCAAAGUGAAGCCUCCUUCGAAUCCAACGCACUUUCUUCAACCCCCAGUCUGACCGACAAAAUGGACCGCAAUGUAACUGACACGAUUAGUGGUUGGGACAGCGACCUCUCUGAGCUAACCGAUUCAACCCGAACGGAAUCUGAAGUCGCGUCUGACGAAGCUGAAUCGGACAAGGAGGAUGAAUCUACGACCUCUGGUUUCAAAAUCCGUAUCCCAGCUCGCCCUACUGGUAUCUACUCAAGAAAGUGCGGGUCGCCAAAGUGCAACCAGCUCCUGCCUUUAAGUUAUCGGUGGAAGUCCUGCGUCAUGUGCCGAGCUCGCGGCCGGGAAUAUCAGCGCAGACGACAGAACUUGAAGGGCAGGCAUACUCGACUGGACGAAGAGCUCGCGCGGGUGCAAAAUACGGGCCCACCCCUCCCUGGUGGCUUCCUCGCAGAUGCUCAGGAAAUUAGCCAGGAUCCAGUCACCCUUAUCGCCGGUGCUAGAUUGUGUUCUGUUCGCGAUUGCACCUACAUCAUCCCACCCGUCAGUGAAUACCGGUGGAAAAUGUGUGCACUAUGCCGUCUUCGCAGACGAGAGAGAAAGCGGCUGGAGAAGGUCAGCAAGGAUGCCACUGGUACGGAGCCUGAGACUUUGGAAAUGAAUAAGCUAGAAUUGGAUCCAACGAAGGCUCUUCGAACAUUGGCAGGUCUUCCAAAGCGUGGCCCUGUGUUAGGAAGGUGUCAAAGUGUAGACUGUGGUGUAGUACUAAAAGGAAAACCAACAUCAAGUCUGUGCAAGCAAUGCAUGGGAAGACAACUGUGGUUAGUCAAGGAGAGCGGGAACGCACCAGAAGCACAAGCCAUAUUGCGUCAGGCUUCUCAAGCCCAUUCGAAGCCGCAUGGACCUACCCCUUACCCUCAGUACAAAUGUUUCGUGGUUCUCCUGGCAGACUUCAAGAAUCGACUCAACGGGUUCCUCAAAGGGCAGGCCCUCUUCUAUCUGUUCAAGUCUGCCGAGCCAAAGGUCGCAGCCGCGAAGACUAUGUUCGCCUUCGAUGGCGAAUAUUCAAUCGUCGCUGUUGAUUUCGAUAUUGUUGGACACAAGGACAAGAUCGAUGGCAAUGCACUGAAGAUGAAGAGGGAAUUCGAGCGCGUAGGUAGAGUUAAAUUCCAUUCGAAACGACUCGUAUCUGUGCUGGACGGCGGAGGGGUCUCCAUUCGAUUUGUCUGCAAUUACCAAGUCCCGAUCCUUCAGCCAAUGCGGGAGAACGAUGGGAUUUCAAUCUCUACCUUUGCGAAGACAAUGCAAGGAGAACUCGAGAUUGCCGUCGUUCCGGACCGUUCUCAUCGCUUUCUACCAGGCCAUCGGACGAUCAUUCGUUUCCGUCUCCUGGGUUGA